AUGCAGUUCGAUUUGGAGCGCCUGGGGGCUGCCAAAGAGGUCGUCGCCGCCCCUGGCCGCUGCUCGGAAGAUUCGAUCCUGGAGUUCGUGGAGGAGAUAACUGCGGUGGAAAGGCGCUGGCGCUGCUUCUUGCGCUUGCACGUUGCCAUCGACUCACUGAUGCCGAUGACCUACAUAUUCAUGCUGAUCAUGGUGCUACUGCCUGCCCAGGAGGACGUACGAAACUUUGCACAGUUUGUGCUGGUAUGGUCCAUCGGGGCACCUCUGGCGAUGGCAUACCUCUGGCUACAAGUCUUGUCUCUUGCGAGGUUUAACGAGCAGAUCUUUGCGUGGCCCCUAGCAACGCGGGACAACGAUGUUUACAGGGCUCUCUACCAGAACCAGGAGAAGAUGACGUUCUCUGUGUUCGGCUUCACCAUCACCCUACAAAGAAUUCGGGUGACGGUGAUAUCCUUCGUUAUCGGCGUGCUAUGCAAGAGCGUUGUUCAGCUGGUAAUGGACGCGGCAAAAGAGGAGCCAGUAGAGUCUGCGACAGAGCUGAAGGCCCUAAACCCUAACAUAAAAUUUGUGUGUGCCCCCCCUUCUCAUGCCUCAACAUAUAUAUAUAUAUAUGUAUGUAUGCCUCGAAAUUGCGGCAGUCGCCUGUCAUCUUCAAGGCCAGAAUUUUCCUGA